AUGAAUUUCAGCAACGAAAAAACUCUUUUUCACUUGGCAACACUCGAUUAUCAAAGACAAAAGGAAGUUUCACCUUCUUAUGUUGCCGAACUCCUUACAAAAGCAAAUAACUUGUUGAACCGCAUCGCCUUUGCUUAUUCCAUCAUUGAUAAACCUCAAGAAGGACAAAUUUAUCUUAUUCUUUUGUCACCUAAUGAAGAAGUAAUACCACCAGAUGGAUAUCAUUAUUUGGAACCUGAAGCUACUCAUAAAGUAUCAUUACCGGAUGGAAGGGAAAUGAUUGUUAUGGAAAAAAGACAUGGUUUUGCAUCUAAUGAUCAAAUAACAAGCAUAAUUAGACGACGAUAUUUUUUUGUCAAUAAUCAUAACAAUCUUCAAAUAUUGCACUAUUCCAUUCUUCCAGAACAAUAUAGACAAAUGGUAAACAUUAAUUUUCCAAGACAAGCAAUUCAAAAUUCAAGAUAUCCUAUUCAUCAAAUGCAAGGAGGAAAUAUUGCACCUUAUUUUUUGAGGACACCAAAUGCAAUUCCAUCAAUGUCUAUUCAAUCCCUUCCUGCUAAUAUGAUGCCUGGUCAAUCGCCAAAUAUGCAGCGGAUGCUUGGUGAUAACACAUCUAUGCAAACGAAUACAUAUGGAUUUCAAGGUCAUUUGAUGCCAAAUCAACAAGCUUAUAACGCCUCAACUCCAACAAAAUCUGGUAGAAAAGCAAAAAAUGCAAAGAAUAAAACGGCACUUAAUACCACCAUUACUUCUACCGAAGAAACUGAUGAACCAUCUGGAGAUGAACUUGAUGGUUUGAAAUUUCGUGAGGUUGCAAUGUUAAGAUACAAAAGAAAUCAUGAUUUUAUUUCUGAAAUUUUUUCACCGUAUAGUGUCCAUUCAAUAAAACCCCCAUCUUCACCUUAUGAAUCAGUAAAUAUUGAUGAUUUGAGGAAAAAAUUGGUAGAAACACAAGCUGAACUAGAUAAAAUGAAUAGUGAGCACGCAGAGAAAAUAAAAAAUUUUAAACAACAAUCUAGCAAAUUGACUAAAGCUUUUAAUGACAUUAAAAAUUGCAACACUAUUGAGGAAAACUCAAAAGAAGAAUUAGAUCUUAUUAUUGAAACCUAUGAUCCUGUAAGAUUGGUGGAACUUUAUCCUGAACAUAGACCUGAUUCAGAAUUAAAUCAUCAAACUGUGUUGAUGCAAGAAGAAAUUAUUAAUGAAAGUUCAUUGUUGUCAUCAUCUGUUCCUCAUAAUAUAGAAUAG